GCGUUGUCAAAGGUGUCACCUUUAGCAUUUCACUGAAUCAACUUCCCAUUCUACGACCCGUCUCUCCUCUCCAGUUCUUCCCUGCCCACUGUUUUUGUGGUGAAAGUCCUUAAUAAUGGAGAAAAUGGUAGCUCUGAGAUCGCUGUAUCGCUCACUCUCCUCCAGAUCUUAUCGAGUAGCAGUCCUCAACCAGCAGCUGCUAUGUCAAUCCCAGCCUCACCACAACAACGCUGGCGCUGCUCGAACCCUCUUCAGUUUCUCAUCCCCCAUGGCCAAGGACCUCUUUUCUGAUGAUUGCAGGUCCCCUCUUUCAACCGGUUUGGGAAGUAGGCGAUUUUAUAGUGAUGAUUUGAGUCACAUGCCUCCCAUUAAAGACCCUGAGCUGCUCAAUGUUUUCAAAGAUUUGAUGGCUGCAAGUUGGGAUAAGCUACCUGAUAGUGUUGUCCAUGAUGCAAAGGCUGCAGUUUCUAAGAAUACUGAUGACCAGACUGGCAAGGAGUCUGUCACUAAUGUUUUCCGUGCAGCCGAAGCUGUUGAGGAGUUCGGUGGGAUGAUUACAACAUUGAAGAUGGAACUCGAUGACAGCAUUGGUUUGAGUGGGGAGAAUGUUAAGCCCUUGUCAGAUGAGUACGUGAAUGCACUAAAGACAAUUUACAACCGCUAUACUGCCUAUUUGGAUGCAUUUGGGCCUGAGGAGACUUAUUUGCGGAAGAAGGUGGAGACAGAGUUGGGAACCAAGCUGAUAUACUUGAAGAUGAGAUGCAGUGGCAUAGGCUCUGAGUGGGGAAAGAUCACUGUUCUCGGAACUUCUGGACUUUCCGGGUCAUAUGUUGAGCAAAGAGCUUAGCCUCAGAAUUUCAGAGAAUGUUGAUGUAAUUGGAAGCUUUCUGGUUUUAGAAUCAUGUUUGUUGGAUAUUUGAAAAUAGGCCAAUCAGCCUUCUCCUGGAAAACCUCGAUGUGUAGGUUCUGCUGCCAGUUAAUAAGAGGUGUCUUUCUUGAUCAAUUAAUGGAAUAAUGUAGCAUCUUCUUGCUUUUGUGAUAACAUAUAAUGUUGUAAGUUCGGUUCCUUUCUGUAAUUUCAGUUUGAUAUGUUUCAUUUGCU